GGUGGACCUGGGGGUUUGUUGACUGUUUCUUCUCCUUCCCUCCCUCGGCUCUCCAGUUUGCUGAGAAGUUCCAGGAAGUGAGGGAAGCAGCCAGGCUGGCCCGGGAGAAGGCUCAGGAUGGCGGGGAGCUCACCAGCCCGGCCCUGGGGCUCGCCUCCCACCAGGUGCCCCCGAGCCCCCUGGUCAGUGCCAACGGCCCCGGCGAGGAGAAGCUGUUCCGCAGCCAGAGCGCGGACGCCCCCGGCCCCACCGAGCGCGAGCGGCUCAAGAAGAUGCUGUCCGAGGGCUCCGUGGGCGAGGUGCAGUGGGAGGCCGAGUUCUUCGCGCUGCAGGACAGCAACAACAAGCUGGCGGGCGCGCUGCGGGAGGCCAACGCCGCCGCCGCCCAGUGGAGGCAGCAGCUGGAGGCCCAGCGUGCGGAGGCCGAGCGGCUGCGGCAGCGGGUGGCUGAGCUGGAGGCCCAGGCGGCGGCGGAGGCCCCCCAGGUGGGCGAGAAGGAAGUGCAGGGCCAGUCGCUGGAGCAGCUGGAGGCGCUAGUGCAGACCAAGGACCAGGAGAUCCAGACGCUGAGGACGCAGGCGGGCGGGCCCCGAGAGGCCCCCGACGCCCCGGAGCGCGAGGAGACGCAGCAGAAGGUGCAGGACCUGGAGACGCGCAACGCGGAGCUGGAGCACCAGCUGCGGGCGACCGAGCGCAGCCUGGAGGAGGCGCGGGCGGAGCGCGAGCGGGCGCGGGCCGAGGUGGGCCGGGCAGCGCAGCUGCUGGACGUGCGGCUGUUCGAGCUGAGCGAGCUGCGAGAGGGCCUGGCCCGCCUGGCCGAGGCCGCGCCCUGAUCCCGGCGCCCACGGAGCAGGUCCGUGGACGAUUCCCGCCCGCCCGC